CAAUUUCACCCCUUUUGUCCCACAUUUAUUGGGUAAUUCGUGUUAUCAUCUUACUGGGUUUUCCUACAGUAUAAAUCAACUGUCAAAAACAAAGACAUAAUUCCAAUUUUAAUAUAGUUUUUACUCAAUUUUUUUAAAAAUUUAUGGGUAUGAUUGACUGAUUGAGCGGUCUUUAUCACUGUCCUUGCACAUUUACUACUCUAACUCCUACUUCAAUUUUGUUAGUUGGAGUACAGUAAAGUGACUCCAUUUUGGUACACCUAUUUUAAGUUUUUAACAAUUUUUUGUAGUGUAGGAACUUGGAAGUGAGGGUUUUUUUUUGUGUAAUUUUCACUGUUUAGGAAAAACCCAGAAAAAUUUAAUGGAGGGUUUGAGCAUAGGUAAAGAUGAAUGUACUGGUGGGAGGAGAGAGAAUGGGGUUUUAGUCCACCAUAGGCGCUCAAGGAGUGCUUCAGACAGGAAAGGUGAUACUUCAAGAUUUGGAGCUCCUUAUUCUAAUGAGUGCAACAAUAACUUGUUACUCGACUCCCCAUUUUCUACAAGGACCUAUGGCUCUCAAACCCCUCUUAAUGGUCAAUGUCAAUCUAUUGAUUCAAGUACAAGCUCGUCAAAUCAUCGUGCCUCUUUGGAAAAGGAUGUGUAUCUGCUUCAGUCACGUUUGCAACAAGAGAAGUCAAUGCGCAAUAUGCUUGAGAAAGCAAUUGGCCGGGCUUCUAGUGCUUUGUCUCCAGGUCAUAGGCAUUUUGCCUCUCAGGCGAAGGAGCUGAUUGCCGAGAUUGAGUUACUUGAAGAAGAGGUUUCCAAUAGAGAGCAGCAUGUUCUUACUCUGUACAGGAACAUAUUUGAACAGUGUGCCAGUCAGCCAUCUUCUGUGCAAACCUCUGGCAUGAGUUCCCCUCUUCAUACGAAAAACAAACCAAGGAAACAUCCUAGCAUCAUUUCAAGUGCAUUUUGUUCCUCGAAGAAAUUUCCUUUGCUAGCUUUUUCUUUGAAAAACACUUCUGCGAAGAAAGAUGGAAAGAUUAAACAUGCCUCAGUAUGCACGGAGAAAAAAGACAUCCAUUAUGACAAGCCUUGUUCUAACAAGAUGAAGUUUCAGGUUCAUGUGAAGACACCAGACAGAGUAAAGAAUUCUGGUGUACGGACAUUAAAGGAUUACCUUCAUCAGUGCCCUAGCAAGUUAUCUGAGGAAAUGGUUAAGUGUAUGGCUGCAGUUUACUGCUGGUUUUGCAAUGCUGCAUCGACAAACUCAGAUAAUUUAAGGAAUAUCCAAUCAUCUGUUAUCUCAAAGUCUUGCGCUGAUUUCGGCCCCCAGCUAGGCAGCCAUAAAAAACAUACUUCCAAAUCAAUGGUAGAGAUAUCCUCAAUGCCAACUGAUAAAAAGCAGUUUUCUCGUGCAUCUUAUGCAAUCACCAGCUAUAGAGCACUCGUUGAGCAACUAGAAAGGGUGAACGUGAGCGAAAUGGAAGCCGAAGCCCAGAUUGCAUUUUGGAUCAACAUCUAUAAUUCUCUCAUAAUGCAUGCAUAUUUAGCUUACGGAAUCCCCCAUAGGUCUCUGAGAAGAUUAGCUCUGUUUCACAAGGCGGCCUACAACAUUGGCGGCAUAGUUGUCACUGCAAAUGCCAUAGAACAUACAAUCUUCUGCUUCCGUACUCCUCGAACUGGCGGGUGGGUUGAAACCUUUCUAUCAACGACCUUUAGAAAGAAAUCUGGAGAUGAGAAGCAACUCCUUAGCUCAAAACUCAGUCUUCCUGAUUCACCGUCCCAUGUUUGCUUUGCACUCUGCACUGGAGCCUUUUCAGAUCCUGUGCUGAAGGUCUACACAGCAGCCAACGUCAGAGACGAGUUAGAACAGGCAAAGAGGGAGUUUCUUCUAACCAGCAUAAUAGUAAAGAAGUCAAAGAAGGUGUUUCUUCCAAAGAUUCUCGAGAGAUUCUCGAAAGAAGCUUCCAUGGGAUAUGAUGAACUUCUAAAGUGGGUCUGCGUAAAUGUUGAUAAAAAACUUCAGGACUCGAUUCAACGGUGCCUUGAUGCUAAGAACAGCAAGAAAGCAUCUCAGAUAAUUGAGUGGUCACCAUAUAGCUCUAAAUUUCGAUAUGCAUUUUCUGAUGAACUUGCUUCAAAGCCUUGGUGGGUUUGAUUAGUUUUAGCUAUACUGCCUAUCAGAAAUGAGAAAUUUCCGAGCUCGUUUUGUGUUCGGGUUUUAGAAAAUCAUUUACUGAUCUUCUGCCUAUCUGCUUGUACAGAAGUUUUCUAGGUCCAGUUUAGCUCAUGAAUACACUUCUUAGUUGUUGCAUUUCCAUUUAGAAUCUGUGUUUUUUUUCUUGUUAA